AUGAGAAUCAUUAGGCAGAAAAGAAUGAAUCUGAUGACUUUUUCAUUUAGUAAUUCUAUGUUGAGUGCCUGUCUACAUUUUCAUAUUAUAUAGAAUCCAAAGGUGAAGUAGCUGUAAUAGAUCCUUUAAGAGAUAUCCAUUAAUAUAUGUAUGAUGUUCAAUAAAAAAAUAAGUGAAUUGGCGAAAAAUAGAAAUGCUUAAAUCAAAUGGAUACUUGAAACACAUUUCCAUGCCGAUUUUGUUAGUGGACACAGAGAAUUGUAAAAUUUGACAGGGGCAACAAUAGUUUAUGGUCCAACAGCGGUUGCGAACUAUCCUAUAAAAGAAGGAAAAGAUGGAGAGUUACUUCCUUUAGGAAAUGUAUAAAUAAGAAUAGAUCAUACUCCUGGUCAUACAAUGGAAUCAAGUUGUUUUGUUUUAGUCCAUAAUGGAAAGGAUCACUCAGUCUAUACAGGAGAUACACUAUUUUUAGGUGAAGUUGGAAGACCAGAUUUAGCUGUAAAGGUUGGAGAAUUGACUGUUGAAAUGUUAGCAACAUAUCUUUAUGAUUCUUUAAGAAAUAAAGUCAUGAAACUAAAUGAUGAUGUAAUUGUUUAUCCAGGACAUGGAGCAGGAUCAUCUUGUGGAAAAUCUAUUGGAGCUGGGAAAUGUUGUACAAUAGGUAUGUAAAAGAAAAACAAUUAUGCUCUCUAAGACAUUUCGAAAGAGCAAUUUAUUUAAUAAGUUCUUACAGGAAUGCCAAAACCACCACAAUAUUUCUUUCAUGAUGCUAAAUUAGUAAUUUUAGAAAAUUAUUAUAUAGAAUAAAAGUGGGCCAAGUGAUUUUUCUUCAAUUCUAACUUAAGUGCAAAAAGCAUUAACUUUUGAACAAUUUAUGAACUAUGUAAAGUAGGGAGCUUUAAUUCUAGACACAAGACCUAAUAUUUAAGAAGGUGUAAUUAAAGGAGCUAUUAAUGUUACAUUUAUGUCUGGUUUAGUAAAUUUUGUUGGCUCUAUUAUUAAACCAGAUACUUAAUUAGUUAUUAUUGGAAAGGAUGGAGAAGCUAAAGAUUCUAUUCUAAGAUUAUUAAGAAUUGGCUAUGAUAAUAUAUUUGGAUAUUUGGAAGGAGGAUUUGAAGCAUAUAAAAAUAAUGGAGGGGAAUUGGCAACAAAAGUAUAAAUAGUUGGAGUGGAAGAGUUAUGCAAUAUUGAUGAUAAUAGAGGUAAAAAGAAGUAAUAUAAAUAAAUUAGAUGAUCAUGUAUUUGUAGAUGUUAGAGGAAUAGGAGAAUUGAGAGAGACUGGAUUUGUAAAGGGUGCAAUUUGUAUUGCUUUACCUGAGUUAGAAGGGAAUGUAGAUAAGAUUCCUAGAGAUAAGAAAUUACAUAUAUAUUGUAAAUCAGGAUGGAGAGCAAAAAUAGCAAUGAGUAUAUUAGUGAGAAAUGGAUUUGAGAGUAUAAUGAUUACUUAAGAUGGGGGAUUUGAAGAUAUGUGGGCAAAAAAGUUAAUAGAGAGAGAUUAGAUGUGAUGAUGAUG